UCUGAGCAGGAAGAGAGCCCUGAGGGUUGGAUAACGACACGGUCUCUUAGUGUGAACAUGAGCUCGUCGGCGCUGUUACACUGAAGUUAUGACUUAAAAAUGGCAGAUUCGGGUCCGUUUUUAACGUCAUGUAUUAUUUUCUACCUGUCGAUCGGUGCCGCAAUAUUUCAGAUUCUCGAGGAGCCCAACUGGAAAUCAGCCAAGGACAAAUACACCUUAGCAAAGGAGAACAUUUUGAAGAACUAUGCCUGCUUAACCAAAGAAAGUCUGGAUGAGAUUUUAGAGAUCGUGUCUGAGGCAGCAGGACAAGGUGUAACCAUCACAGGGGAAAUUCAUCGGAACUCCUGGGACUGGGCCAACUCUGUCAUCUUUGCUUCCACCAUCGUCACUACUAUAGGUUUUGGUAAUGUUGCUCCAAAGACUCAAGGUGGCCGUGUGUUCUGCAUCCUGUACGGCCUGUGUGGGAUCCCACUGUGUCUGGUUUGGAUCAGUCAGCUGGGUUCGUUCUUUGGAGACCGGGCCAAGCGUCUGUCUGGAGUUCUGAUCCGUAAAGGGGUCUCGGUGAAAAAGGUCCAGUAUACCUGUACAGCCUUGUUCCUGUUAUGGGGGCUGUUUGUGCACCUGCUGAUCCCUCCAUUUGUUUUCAUGUCUAUUGAAGAAUGGAGCUACCUGGAAGGGAUCUACUACUCUUUCAUCACACUGACAACGGUUGGUUUUGGAGAUUAUGUAGCAGGUGUAAAUCCAAACAUAGACUACCCCAGACUGUACAGAGUAUUGUCAGAGUUAUGGAUCUACAUGGGCCUGGCCUGGCUGUCUCUCUUCUUCAGUUGGAACGUCAACAUGGUCGUGGAGGCUCACAAGGUGCUAAAGAAAAAAAGGAAACUCCGCCAGAGACACUUUUACGAUGUGGAUCCCCCUUCUGUUGCGGAAAAUCCCAAGUCGAAUGUAAAACCGACAACUAUCGACAUCUUCAACUUCCCAAAGGAUGAAGACUACAGCACAAUUAUCAAGAAGAUCGGAGACGAAGCCAACACAAUAAGUCCUCUAGAACACAUUAAUCGCUCGAAGAGCUGCAGCGACAUCAAAGCCCUCAACAUCCAGACCCUGGAUCACUCGCCUCGGCACACACGGUUGAUCAGUAUCAGUGACGUGUUUCUUAAUGCAAAGGCUAACGAGGACAAGGAUAAACAAAAUGAGGUGUGUACUAUACUAGAAGAAAGCAACAGAGACCCUGAUCCUGCAGCAGGCAUGAGGAAGGAUAAGGAUGAGAACAAGGACAGUUGUGCGUUUGAUUCAGAAAUUAUAAUCUUAACUGUACCUACUGUACCGGACCAUUCUGCAGAAGAAGAGAGUACGCAGCAUCCUAAUGGUGGGGGGACAAGGUUCACAAUUUCCAAGGUAAAAGAGAAACAUUUGGUAAUGGAGAAGGAUGAAAAGGGGUGACUUUUCCUUACCUCUAACAAAACGUCACUUCCAGUCAGGCUGUGUUGUUUUAUAAAAUAAUGUAGUAAUUACUGUUAACUUUUUAAGGAACUGAAUUUCGUGUAAAUGAUUCCUGUUGCCUGUAAUUGUUAUUUUCUGAUAAAGCAAUGGUGCCAAAUUGUAAUAAAUAUGCCCUUAACCUGAUCAAAAAUGUUAACGUUAGGGUUCAUAAAGACAGUUUUUUUCAUUGUCUCUUUGGUUCAAAAAAAGUAACAAAGUUGUACUCAAAACAGAUUAAAAAAAAAAAAAAAUAAAUCCUAUUCCUGCCCAUUUCUGUUGUUCCGCUCCUGUCCUGUUGGCUGCAGUAGUUUAGCUCCAUGUUUAUCAAGAGUGUGAGGUAAAAGGUAAAAAAAAAGAAGCUUAAACUACAAAUGUAAAAGAAAAAGUAAA